AUGUCUUCAGCUUUACUUGGUAGCGAAAAUACAGUGAAUGGAGUUCCAAUUGCAUAUAUACACAACUCAUCAAAGUACAAAAAUUAUGUUUCACAAGUAGAUAAAGCAUUAAAAGCAUUUGAAUGUACUAAUGAAUGGCCAGAUUUGAUAUCAGCAUUAUCAAAAUUAGCCAAAGUAUUUAGUUCAAAUGCUAAAUUUAAUGAUAUACCUAAACCAGUGACUGUUGCUAAAAGAUUAUCACAAUGUUUACAUCCUGCUUUACCUUCGGGAGUCCAUUUAAAAGCUCUUGAAACAUAUCGUAUACUUUUUGAAAUACUCGGUGAGAAAUGUUUACCCAAACUUCUAUACUUAUUUACGGUUGGACUUUUUCCAUUGAUGGAUCAUUGUGGUAUAAAAGUUAAAUGUGAACUACUUAAGUUAUUUGAAAAUUAUUUUUUACCUCUUGGUGAGGAUCUUAGACCUGCAUUACCCGGUUUCAUAACAGCAGUAUUAUUGGGAUUAGAGGAAGGAACUGAAUUUUAUGAUAGAUCUUUUAAUCUCUUAGAACAAGUACUACGUUCUGUUGGUGGUGAAGCAUUUUAUGCAUCUUUAUGGCAAGCUGUACUUGGAUCACCAUUAGUAAGACUUCCAGCUUUAGUUUUUGUCAAUGCAAAAUAUGAUAAAAUUCUUGGUAUUGGUGAACAGCAAGAAAUUAUGGGUGGUGAUCAUGCUGAUCAUAUGAUAGCAGCAUUAUGUGCUGCUGCUGAUGAUGAUGGUAGUACAUUGGUUCAAAGAAAUUUAUUAGACUUUUUAUGUUCUGCUUUUCCAUUAAAUUCACAACAUUUAUCAGAACCUGAUUUAGUUCAAUUGUUACGAAGAUGUUUAUUUGUUGUUUUACGAAGGGACAUGUCUUUGAAUAGAAGAUUAUUUCAAUGGCUAUUGAAUCGUUCUGGAGAUAGUGGUGGUACCUCAAUUCCAGUAAAUGGUAGUGAAAAUGAAGUAGAUUUACAAUUUUUUAAAGAAUAUUCAUUACCAUUAAUCAAACAAGCAUUAAUAGAAUAUCUUAAAUUGGAUACUGUAGAGGUUGUAACACAUUCAAAUAUUUUUGGCGCUGUUGGAGGUUCUUGGGAUAAUACUAAGGAAUUACAAUUACAAUAUACUGAAGUUCGUGUUUGUAGAUUAUUAUUAUAUUUCUUAGAUAGGCCAGAACUUGGAAAUUUAAUAUUAAAAGAUGCUUUGGAAUUAUUUUUAAAUUUUGUUUCUAAAUUAGAUUUAUCUACUGUUAAUGAAUUUACUCAAAGAUGUAGAAGUAUUCAUCCAUUAAAUUUUAUCUCACCAUGGAAAGAAGAUAUUGAUGAGUUUGAAAGUAACAAGGAAAUUAAUGAUGAAGAAGAAAUUAAUGAUUCAACAAAACGCCUAAAUAGAAUAGAGUUAAUUGGAAAGACAAUGAAUAUGCUUCUUGAUGCAUUAGAUGUAGGAUAUGUGUGGGAGUAUUUACAGGGUAUGUUUGAGAGAGUUGUAGAAUUUGAAUGUGGUUAUAAAUGUACAACUAUAAAUAGAGAAAGUUUAAGAAUUGAACAAAUUACUAAGAAAAGACAAUAUGCAAAAAGAAUGAAUGAAAAUUUAAGAUUAUUUCCGUUAAUAGUGAAAUUUUCUAUUAAUCAUGUACAUUUAAAUACAAAUGUUGAUGUUAGAGGGAUACAUCUUCCAAAUUUAUUAAAAAAAAUUCUAUUAGUAUUAAAUAGAAAUAAGAACUUUGAAAAUUUAUCUAAAAAUGUAUUACUUUCAAUUAUUGUUUUGUGUCGUGACUUGUUAAAAGAAAUUAAUCAAUGUCCUUCAGUUACAGAACCUAAUGAACAAGGACGUAUUGAAGAAUGUUUGAUUGAGUAUAAAUCAUUAAUUUAUAACAUUUCAACUUGGUAUGUUAAUAAUGGUAGAGGUCAAGACAAAUAUGGUGUUUUACUAGCAAGUGGAUUGUUAUUAAGAGAUUUUUGUGAUUUUCCUUUAUACUCAUUAGAUAAUAAAUCAAUUUGUGAAACUACAACUAGUAAACCAUUCUCCGAUUGGUUAAAUGGUUUAUUAAAAAUUGUUGAUAUAAAUUCAUGGAAUAAUAAUAAUGAUGUACUUGGAAAGAAUAGUGAUAUUGAUGUACGUUGUCAGAUGAUUGAAUUAAUUAUAUAUAUUUAUGCAAAAUCUGUUGCUGUUUUGGAGCAACAUAAAGCUGUUAGAGGAAGAGAACGUUUAAAUUGUUAUCGUGAAUAUGUUGGUGGUUUAUAUGGACAGGGUGAGGAGAAAAGUAGUAUUACUGUACUCUUGAAACCAUUUUUGGAUUGUGAAGAAUUAUUAAAUUUUAGUGAUACAUUGUUCUUUCAACAGAUGGCAGAUACUGUAUGGAAUGAGAUGGAUGAUGAUGUGGGAUUAUCGAGAUAUCAUCAAUUUUGUUCUAAAUUAUUACUACUUCUUCAUUCAGUUAAAGUUAAUGAACCUAGUAGUGAAGCAGAAAAUGCAAUUGUUAAUGAUUUAACUAAUAGAAAUAUUGCAAAAUCAAUAAAAGCUGCAAAGAAAUUUCGUAAUUUAUGGACAUUAAAUAGGAGUAUUGAUACUGAAGAAAUUGCUCCUGGUAUUCCGGUGAAACAAUUUAAUCGUGUAUAUUUGGUAUUGUUAGGUGUUUUAGCAGAUGAAUCAUUAACAAAUGGUGGUACACAAUUAAAAAAUAUAGUUAUAUCAUGGUUAAUGGAUUGUGCAAAAAAAAGAGAUUUAACACGUGUUCUUCAAAUGUUAAUUAAAAUGUUGCUUAAUCCUGCUACAAGUAGAAUAUCAAUACAUUAUGUACACAUAUCUUCUAGGAUAUCAUCUGAUCAAAUACCUGGUAUGCCUAGUGAUGUGAAUGUUGUCAAUUUAAAAACAACCACAGCUGGUCAAGAGAUUCACCAUAUUUGCAAAGUUCCAUCACACAAACAACAAGAAAAUGAUAAUAAAGAGGACAACUUUAUUGAUAUUCAUAGUAAAACAAAUAGUAAGUGGGUAAAUGAAGCAAAAAAAAGGUUAAUAAUGCCUUUUGAGAGUUCAUAUACAGUAUCAAAUUUUAUAAAGUCAACGUCACCAAAGAUAAAUAAUGAAAAUGAAAAGUACAAUGCUGAAAAAAGUUUACAACAACUUAAAGUACGCCAUAAUAGGGCAUUGAGUGAUAUACCACAUUUUGAUGAUGAUGAUGAUAUAGAAUCAUUAGAUAAUAUAUCAGUUGAUUCUGUGGAUCAUGAUGUUUAUGAUGCUAUACAAGCUAUUUUAGAUAAAGUUUGUGAUAGUCCAUUAGUUAAAAUUGGAAUUCCAGAAUGUGAGGAAAAUGAAAUACGAGAUUUAUUUAAAGAAGGUCUUAAGAAAUCUGAAGAAAAAAAAGAAAAUGAAAUUCCACUUCAAAUUCAAGGUAAAGGAAAUAGUAGUACAUUGGAAAAUUCUAGUAAAUUAAUGAUGUUUUCUUCAACACCUUUAAAUUCAAAUAAUACUAGAAAAGAACAUUCUAUUUUAACUCAUCAGAAGUCAUUAAAUAGUGGAAGUAAACAUUCAAGUAUUGGUAGGAAAGGUCAUCGUCGGCAAGAUUCAUUACAACAAAAAAUUUUUGAUAUGCAUACACAAGAGAUGAAAAAUUUUAAUCCAACAGAAAUGCCGACAUUAACAGCUGCUGGAGAUGAUAAACAACAGUUAUUUGAUGAACAACAUUCACAUAUGCUUCUUUAUUCACAGUCAGGAAAAAAAGUUGAUCUUGGUAGAGUUGAACGAGUAUUUACUAUAUUAACAGAAUUAUUAAAAUCAGAUAAAGGAAGUACAAUGCUUGGUAGACAUAUAGUUAUGUGUAUGAUUUCUGAUGGUACAAAUUCAAUAAAUCCUGAAAAUGGUGGUACAAUUUCACAAAUGUUAGAUUUAUUUUUAAGACAUAAUAGAGUAGUACAGGGACAUGAAUUUUGGUCAAGUAUACAAAUGGAAGAAAUACCUUUAGGUAAAGAUAAAGAUCAUAUUUCAGGAGGUUUUGAUGCUACAAAGAAAAAAGAAUAUACAUUUUUGGAAUUAUUUAUAACAAUAGCAUUAUACUAUUUAAGAAGUUAUUUUUUAAAUUCUCCUGUUAUGGAAGUUACACAGCAAGAUCUUUUAGAUUCAUGGAGAUGUAAAAAAGCAGCAUUAGAAUUUUUAACUGAAUUAUGUAAAGAAUUAAUAUUAUUAGUAAGAGAUCAUAAAUUAAAGGCACUAGCAGAAUAUGUACAAUCAUCUUUUUUGAAAUGUAAAUUACCACGUUGUGUAAUAUUGUUCCUGUUAUCAUCAGUUCGAUCUCCAGAAGUAACACUUCAAAAUGAUGAUAUUAAAGGUAAACCUACGGCUGUUUUUUCUGCUGAUGUAUUAGAUUUUAAUGAUGGACCAAUUAAAUCAGAUGAAUUUCCAUAUGCUAUUCAGGCAUACAAUGAUGCUUUACUUGAUUUUUCUGUUGUUUACAUAAAUUUGGAAUAUGAUCUUAGAACUGGAAUAAAAGAGUUUAAUGAUGAUAAUAUUAAUAAUUUGCUACAAACAAAUAAUACUUUUUCAUUAUCAAAUAUUCAAUGCAGUACACCUAUAGGUAGAUCUUAUACACAUAAUGAUCCAUAUAGCUGUGUAACAUAUUUGAAAGUUUUUUUGUGUAUUUUAUUAAAAUCUCUUCAAAGAAAUCCAGAAAGGCAUGAACGUUGGUUACAAUUUAUUAUGAAUACACUACCAUUUUUAGAUGUUGUUCUUAAACCAUAUUCUGUUCAUUUAGUUGAUCAAUUAUGUUCAAAUUUACGUAUUGCAAUUGGUAGAGCAUAUAUUUUUCCAUCAAACAAUGAUAAUCAAGAAUCAUUAAGUCAAAAUUUAAAUGAUUCUGUAUUUAGUACUGAUGAUAAUUGUUCUAUUGAUAUAACUUCACCAUCAACAACUUCAUUUACAUUAACAGAUGAACGAUUAAAAUAUAUUAGUAACAAUACUCAACAUGAAUAUAAUAAAAGUUAUCCUCCUAGUUAUUGUAUAAUGAUACUAGAAGCACUAACCUCAAUUAUACAUUAUUGUGUAGUAGAUAAUUCACAAAUUUCAGAAGGUCAUCAAUCAGCAAAUGUUUCUACUAGUAGUACACAUCAAAAUACAGGUGGUGGUAUUUAUGGUAUGGUUGGUUCUGCUAUUUCAGCAGUUCCUGGAAGUGCUUCAAAUACUGUUGGUUUUACACAAAUUGAAAAUCGUGUUAAUAAUGAUAAUUGGCGUGAUACAAGAGAAGAAAUGUUAAAAAUACUUCCUCAUACAUUGUCAACAAUUAUUGAUGUUUGGAAUUUUAUAAGACAAUCUAUUGAAAAAGCAACUUUUGUUAAAGGUGAAGAUAAUAAAAAAAUAAAUUUUGAAAUAUUUUUAAAACCAACAUCUGAUUUAAUGGAAGGUUAUCCAUUGGAACCAACACUUCCUCUUGGAACACCUCAUGAAAUAGCAAAAUGUAUUAUUAAAUUUUUAACACCAAUAGCACAAUCAAAUCAAAUAGCAUUCUUAAAUGCAAUGGCAUUUGUCUGGUCUCAUAAAUCAGAAACAACUUUAGAAGGAAGAAUUAUGUCAAGAAAUGAAGGUGAUCGUACAUCAUUUAUAUAUUCAAGCGACCAAUUAGAUUUAGUAAACUUACUUCUUAACAUUAAAGCACUACCCUUAGAUUAUAUUAUCAAUAUUAUAACGGACAAUUUAAAAGAUACUGGUGUAAGAAAUUCUAAACAACUUCCCUCUACUUUACAAACAACUGAUAAGACUUAUUAUGGUAUAUGUAUUGAAGUCAAUCUACUUGAAUUAUUACAUGGUUGUAUAAAACAAUUAUCAAUUGAAUCAAGAGAAUAUAAAAAUUUAUGGAAUUCUUUAUAUCCAUUAUUUAAUGAAGUUCCAAUUAAUAACUUACCACCUAGAGGAAUAUUUUUAUUAUUUAUUAUCUUCUCAGACUAUGUACGUGGAUAUGGAUCUGCUAAUAUAAUUGAAGAUAAAUCAAUAUCUUCUUCAAUGCAAUCUUGUUGUCAAAGAUUAACUGAAGGAUUAAAUAAUAUUGUUGGUUGGCAAUUAGAAUCAACAACAUGGUUAAAAAGAACAUUAGUAGUAAAACAAGAAACAGCUAUCAGUGGGCAAGGAAAAGUUAUUGAUCAUUCACCAUCUAUUGACUAUAGAAUGACAACUUCAACCAUCUCUGAUGCGGCUGUCUCAAUAAGAGCAUCAACAACAUCUUUAACAACAGCUAAACUUUCUACCUUAGAGGGUCCAUUUGAUAGUAAAACAACACAACUUAAUCAAGCAAAUUCUACAUCUUCAUCACAAUUAUCCUUUAAUCCAAGUUUAACUUCAACAGAAAAAACCAAAAUAUCAUCUAAUUUUAGAUCAUCCUUAAAAGAUACGAGUAUAAAUAAAAGAGACCCUAUCAAUAGUACACAGGCAUUAUUUUUAUUAGCAGAAAAUUUAGCUGAAUUAAUAGAUUCAAUAUGUAAAAGUGAUGAUAAAGAAAAAUUACUUCAAACAUUACAAACAGUUUGGAGUAAUACAUUACCUUUUUUAAGAGCUAAAAGUGCUAGAAAUUCUAACUUUUUCCUUGCAUCAUCACAAUUUUUGGCAUCUAUAAGUUCUUUUAAUUAUAUGAGAAGUGUAUGGAAAAAAACUACUCUUGAUUUAUUGAUGGAUCCAAAUUUUUUUAAAAUGGAUGUUAGAGCAUUAAAACAAUGGUUAAUUAUUAUUGAUAAUUUAAUGACACAUGAUAAAACAUCUUUUAAUAAUUUGUUAUCACGUAUAUCAACAUCUCAAAAUAGUGCUUUAUCUUCAUUUAUAAGUAGUAAAGAACAAGAAUAUGAAUUAAGAGCACAGGCAUUAAAAAGACUUGCUUUUGUUGUUUUGUCAUCUGGAAUGGAUCAAUAUGCAGUUAAUCUACCAGAUAUUCAAGAAAGAUUAUCAGAUAAUUUAAAAAUUAGUCAAGUUCCUACUAUACAUGCACAAGUUUUUACAUGUUAUCGUGUACUUUUGAUAAGAUUAAAACCAACAAAUUUUGCAUCUAUGUGGCCUUCUAUGAUAACAGAAUUAGUUCAAGUUUUAUUACAGAUAGAAAAUCAAUUAAGUGAUUUAAAUAGUUCAAUGUCUGAUGAUUUAAAAUGUUCUAAAGAUGAACAAUGGAUGCAAUUAUAUUUAUCAGCAUGUAAACUUUUAGAAACAUUAUGUACUUUACCAUCAGGAUAUAUAUCCCAAUUUCAAAUGUGUCAUUGGGCUUUUGUUUCAUCAGUUGGAAGAAGUGCAAAUGAUUUAUUUAUACCAUUUGCUACAAGAAUAAAUAAUUUGUUGUCAGAAAAAUAUGGAAAAUUAUCUGAAAAAGAUAGAAAAGAAUUAUCAGCUUCAUUAAGAGAAGUUAAAACUUUAUUUAACUUUGGAGAUCUUAGACCAUUUUUUUCUGCAUUAGUUGAUCAACAUAAAACUGUUGCAGCAGGUAUUACGGGAAAUCAACAUGAGGGACAAUUACGUGAAGCUUCAUGUAUGAAUGGGACAUAUUCUUGUAAAAAUAGUAUUUCACGUCUUGAAUCAGCAUUUGUCAUGUUAAAUAAAUCUGAUUGGGUAUCUUUUUUUCCUAAACCUACAGGUGGUUUAUCAAGAAAUUAUUCAUUAUGGGAUAUAAUGACAUUAGAUCAAAAUGACAUGACACAAUUUCAUCAUAUGUGGUUAGGAAUCUUUAUUUGGACAACAAUAAUUCUCACGAUUGUAUAUGCUUUAGCAUUCUUUAUUUCAUUUAUCAAUUUACGUCAUCAUUCCUGGGUUGUAUUUAGUUUUUUACCUUUUCUUCUUCUUCUAAUAAUACCACAAUUUCUUUUAAAUCUCAUGACCUGUGCUAUAAUUGCUUUUACAUUUUCUGCUGGAGGAAAAGCUAUUACAGCUUGGCAUUGCCUGGGUAUUGGUUGUGUUCAAAGUUUAUUUUCAAUUAUUUUUUCAUACACAAGAAUCUUACAGACAUUAUAA